GCUGGCACUCGUUAAACAAACUGUGCGUUAUCCCCGAAGAGCGUCGUGAAACGUCCACAGGACCACGUCUGACCUCACGCGUGCCAAAUGUUUAGGAAUGUGUAGAUAACGCCGUCACGUGGCACGGCUGUGACGCGCGCGCCGGACCGGCUGCUGGAAGCGGACUCGGCUCCAUUCAGCCAGCGGCGCUCGGACAGCGAGCACCGGAGGGUCGCUCCGCUCUCCUCCUCCAGCGGCGUGGAUCAGUCGCCAUGGUGAUAACGGCUCUUACGGGCACAGCGUCAACCGGCAACGGGGAAAGCUCGUAGGGACAUCCCUCCUCUGCUCUGCUCUGUCCGGCUCCUGUGUCCUGGAUCCGCGGCGGGCUGCACCGGCAAAGUGUCUUGGCAUCACUUCUCGUCCUUCCCCCGGAGUCAUGUGAAAGGGGUCCGCGGCGGUAGCUCUCGCCUUGUCAGACCGAGACCACCUCUCUGUCUGCGCGGACGUCCUCGCCCCGACAGCCGCAGUGGCGUAGUGGCCCCGUCUCCGCCGUCCCCUGCCCGGUUCGGUCCGGUUUGUCAACCUGCGCCCGUUCGGCGCACGGCGGAGCCGAGGAUGAGCGAGCUAGGGAAGGGCUCGGCGUCCGCUUCCACCGCGGCCCCGGCUCCCGGCUCGGACACCUACAAAGGCUGGCUGUUUAAAUGGACCAACUAUCUGAAAGGGUACCAGCGGCGGUGGUUCGUCCUUAGCAAUGGCCUGCUUUCCUAUUACAGGACACAGGCAGAGAUGGCUCAUACCUGUCGAGGGACAAUAAACUUGGCCACGGCACACAUCGACACUGAGGACGCCUGCAACAUUGUCCUGAGCAGCGGCGGGCGCACUUACCACCUGAAGGCGAGCACUGAAGUGGAGCGGCAGAGAUGGGUUACUGCGCUGGAGCUGGCUAAGGCUAAAGCCAUCCGCAUGAUGAACGACCAGUCUGAUGACUCGGGUGAUGAGGAACCCACAUCGCAGUCGGACCGCAGCGAGAUCCAGGGUACCCUGAAGAUACUUGUCAGCAAGCUUGACGACCUCAGCACUUGCAAUGACCUGAUCGCCAAGCAUGGAGCCGCCCUGCAGCGUUCCCUCAGUGAACUGGAAGGACUGAAGGUCCCAUUGGAGGGAGGCGAAAAGAUCAAGGCGGUUAACGAGCGAGCCACCCUAUUCCGCAUCACUUCCAAUGCUAUGAUCAAUGCGUGUCGGGACUUUUUGGACCUAGCUGAGACGCACUGCAGGAGAUUGCAGCGGGCGCUGCAGUAUGAGCGAGAGCAGCGUACCCACCUAGAGGAGACGAUCGAGCAGCUCGCAAAACAGCACAACAGCCUUGAGCGAGCGUGGAGAGAGGCGCCCACGCACGCUUCCAGCACACCCAGCGCCCCAGCCACCGGUCAGGGGAGUGAACGGGUGAACAAAGAAGACGCAAGUGAUGAAGAUGAGGAUACUGAGUACUUUGAUGCCAUGGAGGACUCCCAUGCUUUCAUAACGGUGACUGCCACCGACAGUACCCAGCACAGGCGAUCUCAGAGUAAUUUAAGUGGAGCGAGCGGGGGCCAGGCGAGUGACUGGAACCAGGACGACCAUAUGUCUCCGAGCUGUAAUGAUGUGUCAGGGAAGGAGCUACUGCCACGCAGACAAAGGCGGACUCAUAUCCCAGACAAGCCCAAUUAUUCCCUAAAUUUAUGGAGCAUCAUGAAGAACUGCAUCGGCAAAGAGCUCUCGAAAAUCCCUAUGCCUGUAAACUUUAACGAGCCUCUGUCGAUGCUGCAACGUCUCACCGAGGACCUGGAGUAUCACAAGCUUCUAGACAAGGCGGCACGUUGUGAGUCUUCCCUGGAGCAGAUGUGCCUAGUUGCUGCCUUUUCCGUUUCCUCCUACUCCACCACGGUCCACCGGACAGCCAAGCCCUUCAACCCCCUCCUGGGAGAGACCUACGAGCUCGACCGCCUGGAGGAAUUUGGCUACCGCUCACUAUGUGAGCAGGUAAGCCACCACCCACCUGCAGCUGCACAUCACGUGAUUUCCCAAAGAGGCUGGACCUUGUGGCAGGAAAUCACCAUCGCCAGCAAGUUCCGCGGCAAAUAUCUCUCCAUUAUGCCUCUGGGUGCCAUCCACCUGCAGUUUCACUCCAGCGGGAACCACUAUGUGUGGCGAAAGGUCACGUCUACGGUGCACAACAUCAUUGUGGGCAAACUGUGGAUUGACCAGUCGGGAGACAUUGAGAUCGUCAAUAACCGGACGAAGGAGACCUGCCAGCUUAAGUUUUCACCUUACAGUUAUUUCUCCAGGGAUGUUCCACGAAAGGUAACAGGUGUGGUAGCAGACAGCGGAGGCCAGGCUCAUUACAUCCUCUCUGGGACGUGGGAUGACAAAAUGGAAAGCGCUAAGAUCAUUCAGAGCAGCCGAGGAGGCAGCGGAUCGGAAGGGAAGCAGAAGACGGUCUAUCAGACGUUGUCCCCUAAACUCCUGUGGAAGAAAUACCCUCUACCGGAAAACGCUGAGAACAUGUACCACUUCUCGGCUCUGGCUCUGACCCUGAACGAGCCGGAAGACGGGGUGGCGCUGACCGACAGCCGGCUGAGGCCGGACCAGAGGCUGAUGGAGGAAGGCCGGUGGGACGAGGCCAACUCCGAAAAACAGAGGCUAGAAGAGAAACAAAGAGCUGCGAGAAGACGGAGGGAAGCAGAGGCUACAGAUGCACUGGAUGAAGAGUGUGAUUAUGACUCUGGUAGAGACUAUGAACGCUACCAGCCGCUGUGGUUUCACCAGAGGAGGGACUCUGUCACCGGAGAGACAAACUUUGUGUACAGAGGAGGUUACUGGGAGUCGAAGGAGAGAGAGGACUGGACCAUGUGCCCUGACAUCUUUUAGCUCAGGAACUCGCCCACCUCACCGGACGGGGACCCCGCCCCGCCUCUGGGCUGCUGGCAGUGGCACAUUAGCUGGCCAAUGAGCAUCACAUGGACCUUUAAGAGUGUCAGAACGCGUGUGUUUCACACAAUGUCUGAUUACACAUUACCUCCAAAAAGUUUUCUCGUUUAUUUUGAACUUGGAGAAGAAGAAGAAAAAAAAAAAACAGGGCGUUUCCUCAGCAGUCCUCCCUGCACAGUGCUGAUACUCUGCUGCUCCACGAGUAAAACUCACAAUGCACUUUUUCCAGAAUUUACUCCACUACAGAUUAACAGCAGCUGGACAGAAGCUGGUAUGAAUGCAGGUUCUUAUCGGUCUGAAUAAAUCACUAAGAGUCACACUGAGAAGCAGCGGUGUUGAAAACACGUGUCGGUAUUUCCAUUUGAAGACGAGCAUCCUCACACGUUACGUCAUUCGAUAAAACUCAGUUAUCUCAUUUAAAACUAAACUAUAAAUCCUAAACUAUCUUUUUAAAUUGAGAGGAUUACAGUCAGGAUGAUUGUUAAAGAAAAGUUGUGACUAUACUGGGCAGACUAUAUGAUUGAUGAUUAUAUGUGGAGACCAAAAAGUCAAACACUGAACUCCCAAACAGAGUUUAGAAAUAGCAGAUGAGACAGCUCAAGUGCAAUUACCAGAAAAUCACACAAGGGAAAUAGUCAAUUUUCAAGUAAAUAGUUUUUUAUAAUUUGAAAACCAGGCUGCCAAAAGAUUCUACUAAUACAUAUUAAAUAAAAAGAUAGAAAAAACAACAAAAAAAAGAAAAAAAAAAGUAGUGAGUUGGUCAGAUUUUGUACUUUGUUAAAAUGAAAUAUUUUUUUAUUUUCAGCAUUGCUUUAUCAACAGAUAAUCAGGCAAAUAACGUUCAGUUUUACCAAGACGAGUGAUUUAUUUGAUUUUACAUGCCACACACCAGGAAGCUUAUUUUAUUGGAAGUGAAAGUUGGUGUUUCUCUCAACACAUCCCUGUAGAAAUGGAGUUGCUGGGUUAAAGAGACCCUUCAUGUAAUCACGGAAAAAUCACAUUUAAUGGGUACUUUAUAUACACAUUUUAAAUAAACGUUGCCUCUUUGAUCCAUUUCGGUCGUUCAAACGUCCUCCAGAUAUUUUCCAUUUGUGGUUGUGAUUGGCUUUACUAACUAAUGAUAGUUCAAAUCUUUAACUGGCUCCCAAUAUGUUUUGCAUUAUUGCAACAUCAGAACAUUUAUUUCACAUUUCCUGAAGUCUUCAUGAAGACCUUUGAAAACUUUUAUCGUUGUUGUGGACUUUGAACAUUGUUGCUUUUUUUUCAGCCCGUUGGUCAAAAUCUGCGGGAAGGUGCAGGAUAAUUUCCGAUCAAUGUUAAUAAUACUCAAAAGAAAAGAUCAACUGUUUAUGCAUUUUAGACUAAGAAGAAUUUACUCAUCACCUUUACCAAUGUUACGGCACUAAAUGGGUGCUGAUCAUUUCACCUCUUCGCCAAUUCAUACCUUUGUACUUUUUGUAGUUUUGUUGAUUGUGCUGCGGGACAUUUUGCAACACACACGUGUCGGUUUCUACUCACUCGGUGAUGAUUUAAAACCUUUUUCUAUAACCCAACCAUGAUAAGAAAGCAUUACUAUACAGCUUUAAUGAAUAAUAUCUUCCAGAAGGAGUUCCUCAUUUGCCACAUUCAUCUGUUACUGGCCCAAAUUACUAAAAUACAUCAUAAGUGGGGUGUAAUUUCAGCUCUUUUGAAUAUAUACAAAUAUGGAAAAAAAAUCAUAAAUGAGAUUUAGACCUUCAUUUUUUCCUUUAAUUAAAUUAAAGAAACCAUGUUCACUUGUGCCAACAGUCACAAACAUCUGCCGUAGAGUUGAAACUCAAAAAUGGUUGAGAACUACUGGACUAAAAGUUAGAGCAGAUCAUCGAUGUUUAGAAAUCUCUCAUCAUGUUGUUCAUCUUGUUCUCUGGCGCCCCACACACAGCGACACCCUCAGUAACCCCCCGGUGAUUGUUCAGCUUGAAUAAAGUCUGCACCUCAUCGCCGGUGCAUUCAUUAGUCGCCACACACAGAGCAACCUGCGGCGCGUUGGCCUUUUCCUACUCGACUCCCACCUCUUCCAUCACGGCUGGCUCUGAUGUCACCGUAAGGGAUUACCGAGUCUGCGUGAGGAGCUCCGGUGGCCACAGAGGCAGACAGGGCUGGUUCCUGCUGCGCUCCGCUGUGCAGUCGGCCUCCGCUGCUGCUCUUCCAACACCAAAUCAUCACUCCUUCACCGUUUGUGGACAUGCUGAUCUGGCAUCAGCACGCAGGGGUAACCAGAGUCUUUAUUGCCUUUAACUGACUGAAUAAGGGAACGAAGCCCCUGACCUGUGCACUACAAGUCUAUGGUGACAAGAGUUUAAAAAAAAAUAAAAUAACAUAGUAUUUUUUUGUAAUUAUUGUUAGGAAUGUACAAAUCAUGGCUGGAGGUAAUUGUACCGACCAUCUAGCCAACUUGUGUGAAUAUUUUGUGAUAAAAUAAUAUUGUAAAAUGAUUAAUAAUUCUACUAAACUAAGUGUGACGUAUCUGUACAGAAAUGACUGAAAGAGCCUGAAGGAUUUACUGUCACUUUUAAUUUCUAACUCGGACUGAUUCUGUAUACAUGAGUUAACCCAGAGGCUUCUGUAAUUUGGCCAAAAAAAAAAAAAAAACUGUCUCAACACAAUAAACUGUGUUUUUGAUAGAG